AAAGCAAAGUUGAGAAGAGGACUUGCCUGCGGAAACUAUUCAUUUUGCCUCAUCGACAGAGAGAAAAAUAUUAACGAUGAGAUUUCGUGGGAGCUUUAUUUUUCGCCGUUUUCUUUCUCAGUUUCGAAAGCAAUUCGAUUCAAAAUCCGAAUUCCCACUUCCGAGUUUCCGGCGCCGAGCUCCGUUCUUCCUUCGUUCUUAUUCUUCCGAAGUGCAAGGUCAACUGUCCCCUGAACUCUUGAACAUAAUGGAACAAAGACUCUCCGCAAUUGAGUACCGGACUGCAUGUCUCAACAAAUUUCUAAAUCAGCCAGAAGCAUCGCCAUCAGAAUAUGCAAGAGCUAACAAGGAGCUUCGGAAGCUAAGUAGUUCUGUGGACCUUAUUAAUGAAUUGAGGACCAAACAGAAGGAAAUUGAUGGCUUGAAGUCACUAAUGACGGAAUGUUCUGAGGAUAAAGACAUGCUAAAUAUGGCUACAGAGGAAAUGGGUCAGGCCAUAGAAGAAGAAAGAAGACUGCAAAAUUUGCUGCUGAAGUCAUUACUUCCUAAGGAUGAUGCUAAUGGAAGAGAUUGCAUUUUGGAGGUACGAGCAGGCACUGGAGGGGAGGAGGCUUCCCUGUUUGCAAUGGAUAUCUUUAGAAUGUAUGAGAAGUAUGCUCUCAAGAAAGGCUGGAAAUUUGAAGUAGUAGAUAUAGCUCAAUCUGAUCUGAAAGGUUACAAGGAGGCUAGUGCAGCAAUUGCAGGAGUUGGUGUUUAUGGGAAACUAAAAUUUGAGAGUGGAAUCCAUCGUGUCCAGCGAGUUCCUGUGACAGAAAAGUCAGGACGAAUUCAUACCAGUGCUGUUUCUGUUGCUAUUCUUCCUCAGGCUGAUGAGGUAGAUGUUCAAUUGAAGAAUGAAGACAUAAGAAUCGACACCUAUAGAUCUGGUGGUUCAGGUGGUCAGCAUGCAAAUACAACGAACAGUGCUGUUAGAGUAACCCACAUUCCAACAGGGAUUAUGAUUACUAUACAAGAUGAGCGGUCUCAACAUAUGAACAAGGCCAAAGCUCUCAAGGUACUCUGUGCAAAACUAUAUGAAAUGGAAAGGCUAAGACUUCAUAGAAGUCGAUCAAGGCUUCGAUCUGAGCAGAUUGGUAGUGGGGACAGAUCUGAGCGCAUCAGAACAUACAAUUUUCCUCAGGGCCGGGUAACUGAUCACAGAGUUGGUAUCACUUAUCACUCGGUCGAUGAUGUGAUGCAAGGUGAAAAUCUUGACGUCUUCAUCGAUGCCCUUCUAUUGCAUGAAGAAAUGGAUGCAAUUGCAACUUUUAGUUCGUCUCAGUAAAACAAGCGGAUUCAAGUUUUCUGCAUUAUUACUAUCUUAUUAGUAUCAUUUGCUUCUGAAAAAAAGAACUUUCGUAUUUUUCCUUGAUGCAAGGUAGAGGAAUAAGUCGAGAUAAUAUAUAUAACUUACAAGAGAGGCUUGAGAGAUGGUAAAACAUGAAAUGUUAAUGACCUUUAUUUUUGUUUUUGCAUUGGUUGACCUAAGUGAGCUUUCUCGUGUCUUAAAUUUUUUAAUUCCUAACAUAAGAGUUAGUGGGACCAAUCUGCAUAAUUUGUUCUCCUUGGAAUGGCUGUUUUAACUA